GUCAUGUGACUUCCUACCAAACUCAGAUCUCUUCCUGAUACAGUAUGAAGACUCAUCUAAACAUGAUGCAAUCUUAACACACAGUAGGGGAGAAACAAAUGUUUGGAUGGAAGAGAAGUUUUAUUCUGGCUAAAAGAUCAUCUGAGGAAUAAGUAAAGAGAAUGUGAACAGGAUCAUGUCUACCACUGACAGCACAGAGUCUGCUCUUCACAAUCCUGUUCGCAGGAGAAGACGCAGCAAAGACCUUGAACCUCCUGUCAUGAGUAUUAUUCUGCUGGGAAAAGAUGUGUCAACAAACAGUCGAGUGGGAAACUUCAUGUUGGGAAGAUCAGCGUUUGAUAGUGAAGCUCCUCCAGAUGAUCAUCAGAUUGAGAGAGUCAGAGGAAAAGACAUGAUGAUCAUCAACUGUCCUCAUCUGCUCCAGCUGAACCUCUCAUAUCAUCAGAUCAUACAGACAGUGAGAGAGUGUGUGGAUCUGUCUCAUCCAGGACCUCAUCUCAUACUUAUCAUCUUUAAACCUGAUGAUUGUUCAAGAGAAGAUCAAGAGCAUGUGGACAUGAUCCUCAACUCUUUCUCUGAUAGUGUUUAUCAACACACACUGGUGCUCACAACACACGACUCAUACACUGAGGAACAAACUGAAGUCAAUGACAACAUAAAGGAAAUUAUAAAAAAAUGCUUCAAUAGACACUACAGACUGAAGAAAGACAGCACUGCUGCUCAGCUCAUAGAGACAUUUAGAGACAUUGUCAAAUCAAAUGAUGGCCGUUAUCUGAUUUGUGAUGUAUAUAAAGAUGCACAGAGUUUCACAAUGAAGCAGCAGACAGAUGAAAGAGAGAUGAGAGAUGAUGUGAGGAUUGUGCUGCUGGGUAAAACUGGAGUUGGAAAGAGUGCCACAGGAAACACAAUCUUAAACAGACAAGCAUUUAUAUCUGAAGUAUCUGUUGUAUCAGUGACCAACGAAUGUCAGAAAGAAACAGCUGAAGUCAACAACAGAUUGAUCACUGUGAUCGACACUCCAGGACUGUUUGAUACUGAAUGCAGUCAUGAAGAGAUCAAGAGAGAAAUGAUGAACUGUACCUCAAUGAUUCUGCCAGGACCUCAUGUGUUUAUUAUUGUGUUGAAUUUAACACAACGUUUUACUGAUGAGGAGUCAAGAUCAUUGAAGAUCAUUCAAGAGAUGUUUGGUGAAAACUCUUUAAUGUACACAAUGGUGCUCUUCACAAGAGGAGAUCAACUGAGAAACAAAACUAUCGAAGAGUGUUUGGGAAAACCUGGAUCUGUGAUAAGAAACCUGCUAGAAGAGUGUGGAAACAGAUAUCAUGUGUUCAAUAAUAAUCUGACUGAAGAUCAAACACAAGUUUCUCUUCUACUGGAGAAAAUAGAUGACAUGGUGAAAGCAAACGGAGGAAGUUACUACUCAUCUAAGAUAUUCAGAGAGAUGCAACAAGAAAAACUAAAGAGAAGAACAGCAGAGGAAUAUGAAAGAGAGAAAGAAGAGAAGAAGAAGAUCACCUCUCAGUCACUAUGUACUUUACAGGACCACCCCAGAAAGCCCGACCCAGUUUUCCAGCCUGUCAAGAAGUAUGUUGUGAUUGACAGUGUCAAAAGCAGCACUGAGGUCGAGUAG